AUGGGAGAUAAAAAUAGGACCUUAGUGACCGAGUUCAUUUUGCUUGGGAUUUCCAAUUACCCCCGGGCUCAGAUGGUGAUGAGUGUGAUUCUCUUGGUAUUUUACCUUAUAACACUUCUUGGUAACAGCUUCAUGAUUAUCUUGAUCCUUGUAAGCCCCCUCCUGCACACUCCUAUGUAUUUCUUUCUCAGCAACCUUUCCUUCUUGGACAUGUUCUAUACCACCUCCAGUGUCCCCCAGAUUCUGGUCAACUGCUUCUCCCACCAACCCACCAUUUCCUACCUACGGUGUAUGAUUCAGAUGUAUGUCAGCCUCUUCCUUGGUAUAGCGGAGUGUUUCUUGCUGGCUGUCAUGGCCUACGACCGCUUUGUUGCCAUCUGCAGGCCCUUGCACUACACCCUCGUCAUGAGCAAGAGACUCUGCAUCCAAUUGGCAGCCAUGUCUUGGGCCGGUGCCAUGGUGAUGACCCUGAUCCCUUUUCUGGUGCAGCCGAGAGAAUUUUGCGGCCACAAUGUCAUCAACCAUUUCACUUGCGAGCUGCAGGCAUUCCUCAAGUUGGCCUGCUCAGGCACACACCUCAUUGAGACUGUGAUCAUGGCUGACAGCUUUGUUGUCCUCGUUGCCCCUUUCUUCUUUAUCCUAGGGACAUACGGGCGCAUCAGCUCGGCCGUGCUGCGCAUCCAUUCAGCCAAGGGAAGAGGCAAAGCUUUUUCCACAUGUGGUUCCCACCUGGUAGUGGUCAGUGUUUUCUAUGGCUCAGCCCUGUCCAUGUACCUUCGGCCACAAGGCAAAUCCUCCUCCAACCAUGACAAAAUCAUCUCCCUAUUUUAUGGGGUGGUUACCCCAAUGCUCAACCCUUUGAUAUACAGUCUUAGAAAUAAAGAUGUGAAAGGAGCCUUUCAGAGAUUUCUUGGGAAGAAAAUGUCUGAAUGA